AGCACACCUUCCCUUGCCAUAACCUCAAACUCACAUUUGACAAAAAAUGCUGAAAUUUCGCCAAUUAUUCCACACGACUAAAUGUGCAGUGGUCGGAAUGGUCCACGUGGGGGCCUUACCAGGGACCCCACUUUGCAACAAAUCGGUCGAUUCUUUGGUGUUUAAAGCAUGCAAAGAGGCGGAAAUGUAUCUUAAAUACGGACUCGACAGCAUUUUGGUCGAAAAUAUGCAUGAUGUGCCCUAUAUCCAGUCCAAGUAUUUUACCCCCGAAACUGUGGCGACAAUGACUAGGGUUUGUACGGAAAUUCGGAAAAUUGCCCCAGGGACGGUUCCCUGUGGCGUCCAGGUUCUGGCUUGUGGAAACCUGGAGGCUUUAGCUGUGGCUAAAGCUUGCAAUUUUGACUUUAUAAGGGCUGAAGGGUUCGUUUUCGGUCACGUGGCCGAUGAAGGGUACACUGACGCCAACGCCGGUUUGAUUUUGCGCUAUCGCAGGCAAAUCCAGGCCGAAAAUGUGCUAAUUUUGGCCGAUAUUAAGAAAAAACACAGCUCUCAUGCAAUCACUAGUGACGUUUCAUUGGUUGAGACGGCUCAAGCAGCGCAGUUUUUUCAAGCCGAUGGCUUGAUUUUGACUGGGGUUGCGACUGGAAGUCCGGCAAAUGUGUCCGAAUUGAGUCAAGUUAAAAAGUUUUGUUCGUUGCCGGUUUUGGUGGGGUCUGGGGUCACUGGGGAUAAUUUGGGGGAUUAUAUGGGGGCUGAUGGGGUUAUUGUGGGGUCAUAUUUUAAAAAGGGUGGGGUAUGGUACGAAGAUGUGGACGAGGAACGUGUGAGGAAUUUUAUGGAGAAGAGAAAAAUGUUAUAGAAAAUAUUUGUGUAAAAAAAUGAGGAAAAUUUUUGGCAAAAAAUUUUCUGAAAUGCUGAUAUAAUACGUAGAAUGAACCGUAAAAUUCAUUGGAAUAUACUGUUUGUUAUUGGUCUUAUAUUAGAAACAGUCAAUUCUAAGGAUAUAAUCCCGAAUAAAAAAUCGAACAUAUGGACUUUUUGUGGACUAAAAACAACUUUUGUGGGUUGUUAAGACAUGUAGAAGUCCAUAAAAAUUUACUGGAGUGAGUUUAAAAAAAAUUUUUUUUUUCACCUCUUUGAAGGUGAAAUUUUAGCAAAAAAAUUGAAAAUUUCAAAUCUCGUAAAAAGUUGGUAUAAUACAGAAAAUGAGCCGCUGAAUUCAGUGGAACAAACCGCAUUGCUCUACGACUUUUAGUUUUCGAGUUAUGAAUUUUUUUGUUGAAUAAAACUGUUCACCAUAAAUAGCUACGCAAAAUUUAGGAAAAAAAAUUUUAAAUUUUUUAUUCUUUUGAAAAAUUGAUAUAAUAUGUAAAAUGAGCCGCUGAAUUCAAUGGAACAAACCGCAGUGCUCUACGACUUUUAGUUUUUUUUUUUAUGAUUUUUUUAGGGAAAAACUUUGAUCGCCUCUGUAGCCGGAACCGUUGCCCGGAGCGGCUCCGGGUUUAAUCGAAAAAAUAGAGAAAAUUAAGCGCUAUCAGAUGAUUUUUUGUUCGUUGCUCUAAGUCUUACAGUUUCCGAGAAAAACGCAAAAAAAGGUUUCCAUUUUCGCUUUUUUUCAAUUUUCAACCGCCAAUUACGGCGAAACUAUUAGAGUUAUCGAGAAACGGAAAAAUGGAGGACAACCGGAAUAAAAAACUCUACAAAAUGGCAUAGGAUUCAAGGCGAUAUCUCGCAAAAAAAUUUUCAAUUAUCAAACGCCGAUUACGGCCAAACUAAAAGAGCUAGGAGAAAACGCUUUUUUAGAUCGGAAAGAGCACAUCAAAAUCUAUAAGAUAGAAUCGGUUUCAUUUGAUUUUAAGACACUUUAAAAAUUGACCGAAUUCUAACGGGGGGGUGUCAACUUUUUUUUAAUUUUUUUUAUUUUCUCAUUUACGGCUAAACUAUUCUAAAAAGUGGAAGUAUUUUGAUUCAUACCUAUGCAAAAUGAUCCGGGGAAUCGAUUGGCAUCAAGAAAAUUGUCAAAUUCCCAAUAGUUUUUUAGUUAUGAAUUUUUGAGCAUAUGAUCUAAUUUUCGCUUUUAUUUGCAUUUUCUCGAAAACUAUACGUCGGACAACAAUAUUUUUUUUGAAAAAGAUAGGUGAUUUAUAGAGCUUUCCAACGAUAGUACACUUCAUGGGGUUAUCUCUGAUAGUUCCGGAGCUAUUGCUCGAGAAAUGUUCCGGGUACCCAAAAUCGACAAAAACUGCGACGAAAAUUGAAAAAUCAAACAUCAAAAAAUCGAACAUAUGGACUUUUUGUGGACUAAAAACAACUUUUGUGGGUUGUUAAGACAUGUAGAAGUCCAUAAAAAUUUACUGGAGUGAGUUUAAAAAAAAAUUUUUUUUCACCUCUUAGAAGGUAAGUAUUAUUCAGGAAAUUUUAGCAAAAAAAUUGAAAAUUUUAAAUCUCGUAAAAAGUUGGUAUAAUACAGAAAAUGAGCCGCUGAAUUCAAUGGAACAAACCGCAUUGCCCUACGACUUUUAGUUUUCGAGUUAUGAAUUUUUUUGUUGAAUAAAACUGUUCACCAUAAAUAACUACGCAAAAUUUAGGAAAAAAAAUUUUAAAUUUUUUAUUCUUUUGAAAAAUUGAUACAAUAUGUAAAAUGAGCCGCUGAAUUCAAUGGAAUAAACCGCAGUGCUCUACGACUUUUAGUUUUUUUUAUGAUUUUUUUAGGGAAAAACUUUGAUCGCCUCUGUAGCCGGAACCGUUGCCCGGAGCGGCUCCGGGUUUAAUCGAAAAAAUAGAGAAAAUUAAGCGCUAUCAGAUGAUUUUUUGUUCGUUGCUCUAAGUCUUACAGUUUCCGAGAAAAACGCGAAAAAAGGUUUCCAUUUUCGCUUUUUUUCAAUUUUCAACCGCCAAUUACGGCCAAACUAUUAGAGUUAUCGAAAAACGGAAAAAUCGAGGACAACCGGAAUAAAAAACUCUACAAAAUAGCGUAAGACUCAAGGCGAUAUCUCGCAAAAAAAAUUUCAAUUUUCAAACGCCGAUUACGGCCAAACUAAAAGAGCUAGGAGAAAACGCUUUUUUAGAUCGGAAAGAGCACAUCAAAAUCUAUAAGAUAGAAUCGGUUUUAUUUGAUUUUAGGACACUUUAAAAAUUGACUGAUUUCUAAGGUGUUAAUUUUUUUUUAAUUUUUUUUAUUUUCUCAUUUACGGCUAAACUAUUCUAAAAAGUGGAACUAUUUUGAUUCAUGCCUAUGCAAAAUGAUCCGAGGAAUCGAUUGGAAUCAAAAAAAGCGCCAAAUUCCCAAUAGUUUUUUAGUUAUGAAUUUUUGCGUAUAUGAUCUAAUUUUUGCUUUUAUUUGCAUUUUCUCGAAAACUAGAAGUCGGACAACAAUAAUCUUUUUUGCAAAUGAUAGAUCAUUAAAAGAGCUUUCCAAUGAUAGUACACAUCAUAGGGUUAUCUCUAAUAGUUCCGGUGUUAUUGCUUGAUAAAUGAUCCAGGUACCGGAAAUCGACAAAAUUCGCGACAAAAAUUGAAAAAAUCAAACAUCAAAAAUUCGAACAUAUGGACUUUUUUUGACUUUUAACAACUGUCGAGGAAUGUAAGGGCAUAUACAAGUCCAAAAACCUACGAUAGAGUUUUAAAAAAAAUUAUUUUUGCACCUUUUUAAAGGUAGUUUUAGUUUACAUCCCUCUAGAGAGAUGUAAAUAAGAAUUCUGUUUUUUUUUUAAGUUUCACUUUUUACGAUUACGCAAUGAAACCCUCACAGUCAUUAUACAAACACAAAAAUAAACUUACCCUUAGUUUUUGAUGGGGCGGAAAUUCCGUUUAUUUUACGUUUUUGUCAACCUAUAAAGUGGUUCUUGAAUUACGACAAUAACAGUCAAAUAAAGGAAAAUAUGACGGUUCAAAUCGUAGAUAGCGACUUUCAUAAAAAUCAACCUUUCGAAAAAUAAAUCCAAUAUAUCUGUUUCUAAACGA